CGGAGGCUUUGCAAGCCACCACCCGUCGCCUGACGGUAUCGACGAAGACAUGGGGAUUGACAGGCAAGAGGGGGACGGUAUGUGCAUUAAUGAAGAACACAUGGAGCCAUGCCUGGACGAGCAGGAUAUGCCACUGGCCACUGGAACCGAAAGUGUGGAAGACAUAGCGCACAUUCAGCCGUGCCCGGAGGAUCGCCCCGUGCCAGAGCCCUCUACAAUGGAAGAAGUGCAAGUCGAAGGGGCCCACCACCCGUCGCCUGGCGACUGUGAGAAAGAGAAGGACAUGGUGCCUACUGGAACCAUAAAUUUGCAAGACACAGUACACAUUGAGCCAUGCCCUGACAAUGACCUCGUGCUAGCGCUUGUUGCAGUGGAUGAAGUGCAAGUUCCCGUCGAUGUUGCCCGACCAGGACGGGCAGUUACGACAAAUAGACGGAGAUCCGCACGACUGCGACGUCCGGCACCUGCUACUAGGACUCCGUACACGAGGGGGAGCGCAAAGCAAAAACAUUAAUACUUGUGGAUAAAUUGCCGAACAUAGCACGAUG